AUGAGCACUAAAAGAAACAAUUGUUGUAAUUGGCGCAAGCAUAUUGAUCUAUGCGCAGUACAUUGUAGCUACGGAGGUGAGACAAAGGUUGAUUUGUUCAAGCUGGCAUCCAUUAACGAUGCCGUUCACCAUAUGUCAAGGCGGAUGGAAACAUUUGAAGAGAUAUUACGCGACCUAUGCCACACGAAUAAGAUCAUCAUGAGCAAAAUACAGCCAGAGACUUCUGACGUCCCACUCAUUCCGCCAGCUCCACUUACUCCUAACAUUCGGAGAGAUUGGUCACUGUCGCUCAAUUCACCCACCUUGAGGCUUUCUUCCAAUGUACACUUCAUAUCAGAUCUAUAUCAAUUUCUCACAAGAGACAUUGGACAGCUGAGGCGAGAUAUGCGGCCAGAAAAUAGUAUCGACUCAAAUAUCAAUGAAAUUUUGAGCACGGAAAGGCGGCAAUCACCAACUAUCACGGAUAUUGCCAUUAGCCGCAAUUACUCGCCAUGGAAAUCCACAUUUAAAACCAGCACGUAUCCUUUGUACAAUGCAUGGGAGUCAAGUAAAAACGCACCAGAACAAUCGGAAAUGGAUGUUACUAAUUUGCCGCAAAGUAUAUUGGACCAGAUGAUGGAUCAUUUUAUAAAUUGCUUUCUGUGCCUUCCGUUACCAGACGUGGACGCUCUACUGACACAAUACAAGCAAAAAACAUUAUGUCCAUUGCUCCAAAAUGCCAUCUUUGCCUGGUCAGCAAGACAUGCAAGUAUUUACCAUGGCAUGUUUCAAGGAAAAAACCCAAACAUUGUAGGAGAGCAAUUCUUUGCAACAGCCAAAAGCCUGCUGCGGACGAGGUUUUUGGAACCCACGCUAGACACCAUGCAUGCACUUUUGGUACUGUACAUCUACGCCAUUGGAAAAUCAGGGAAGUCUAGAUCCAAAACCGUAUCGGAGGCAUACAUGUAUUUGGGAUUGGCUAUUCGCAUGGGACUUGAUAUGGGCUUGCACAAGACAAACGACGAAGAUGACGAGAUUGUCGCAGAAAAGAAGUUGCGAUUGUUCACGGGAUCGAGAUUUCUCGAGUCACUUUGUUCAGCACAUGCUGAAAAACCGUUCCUCUUUCCUUACGACUAUACCAUCACAGCAGGUAACCCUAACUUGAUGAGCCACGAAACAGGUGAUCAGCGAUAUAGGGUUGAGUUUAUGACGCAUCGUCAGCAAAUCAACAAGAUACAUCACGAAAUAGCAGCUACAAUUGCUGUUGAGGAACCCACUAUAGCGUCUAUUUUAGUUCUGGAUCAACGCCUAAAGGACUGGUACCGGCAACUGCCACUGUACCUCCAAUACCGCCCAAAUGACCGACAUAGCGAUAAAUGGGUCACGGCCAGCUUUAGGGAACAAGCCUGCGUGAAACUUGGCUUUGAAUACAAUUUCCAAAUAUGCCAGCUGUAUUCGACGCUGUUCUCGCGAUCUGGGAAGCAGUACUCGAAUUUCAGCUUGUGUGCUAUCGAGAAAUGCAUUUUCUCGUGCGACAUCAUCACAGAACUGUUAGACUGCUGGGUCAAACUGCAACAACCAUGGUGUCAUUUCACCAUCGAGACAAUAUUAAUGGCCACACUCAUCUAUGGGAGAGUCCUCGCCUCAUCAGAGGAUCGUGCAGCAAACCAUGCCAAAAAGCAACUUCGUAAUUUCCAAUCCGUUCUCGGAAACGCACCGGUGCGUCAUCAUAUGCACGUCAAACGACUUGUAAAACAGAUUGCUGGCCUGCUGGAGCAGAACACAUCACCCAAGUUGAAUAUAGGGUCAGACGAAAAAGAUAUGGCAUUGAGUCCAAAUGCGUUAGCCAGUCAAACCAGCACAACUCACACAGGGAAUAGCGACAGCUAUGGUAUUCCCAUAGGGGAUCAAGUCGAAGAUCUUCAUCAGUUUGAACUUCCAAUCAUGUCUGGCCAUGCUGACGAGCCGUCUGACCUGAACGGAAACGGCUGGUACAAAUUUACUGAUUUUUUGUACACACCAUCCAUGAUCAUACCCGAUCCGAUACUGUAG